AUGAUGCGUCGUUGUUCGCUUCUAGUUGCGUUCUUGUUCUGCAUCAAUCACCUUGCACGUUUGAACGCCGUCGGUGUCCACAAUUGGUCAUCCAAAUUUAACAACAAUCUGUCAAAGAACUGGGUUGUCCUUGUGGCUGGUACCAAUACCUGGAGAAAUUAUCGACAUCAAGCUGACGUUUUCCACGCGUAUCAAGUCGUGCGUAAAAACCACGUUCCAGCGGAGGAUAUAAUUACUUUCGCCUACGACGAUAUUGCAAACAAUCCCAAAAAUCCCUUUAAAGGCAAAGUGUUCCAUGACUACUUGUACGAAGAUAUAUACCAGGGUGUGGAAAUUGACUAUCGUGGAAAAGUAUGUGCGAGUGUCGGUGCAGAUGGAUUUCUGCAUCAGGAUGUCACACUGGAUAACUUCGUGAAAGUAUUAAAAGGUGAUGAACAACUUGCAGCCUAUAAGAAGGUGCUGAAAAGCGGUCCUGAUGACAACGUGUUCAUCUUCUAUUCUGGGCAUGCUGCAUGCCGUGCAGUUGAACGAGAUUCUCGCCCACAUGUAUUCAAAAAAAAGUACAACAAAUUGGUGCUGUACGUGGAGGCUUGCUACGCUGGCUCUUUGUUUCGAACUAUUCUUCCUCGAAAUGUGGGAAUCUACGUGACAACAGCAUCCAAGGAAAAUGAAAAAUCCUGGUCUAUUUUUUGUGACGACAAGGAUAUCGAUGUUUGUCUAGCGAGUGAAUAUGCGUACGCCUGGAUCGAAGAUUCGGAAAACCAUGACUUCAAAAAGCAUACAUUGGAUCAACAGUACGAGAAGGUGAAAAAUAGGACAGUGAAUAGUCACGUGAUGAAGUACGAUGAGAUGGCGAUGGGAAGUCUCCCAGUUGGAAAAUUCCAAGGUCAUUAUGAUCUACCGAUGCACGGGCUUGACCGAACAAUACCACCGAAUGCUGUAGAUAGAAAACCCUCUUUGCAGGCACAUUUGUUGUCAAAGUCUCGACGGUUAAUGGAGGCCACAACGCAGCAAGUACACGAAGCCGCUUGGCGGAAGCUGCACCGUGCAACUGAGGAAACGUUUCGCGACAUCGUUGGGGACGUGAUGACCCAUCAUAACCCACCACUGAAGGGCUUGACUAAAAAAGAUGAGCUCAUGUGUUUUCAGGCAGUAUUCGAACAAUUCCGGACGCACUGUUUCACAAUUCAGCAGUUCCCCGAGGUAGCCCAGCACACAACUCAUUUAAUGGCGCUAUGCAAAGCAGGAUACAUGGCCGAAAGCCUCAUUGACUCCGUCUACAACCUAUGUUCCUAA